AUGAUCCACGUUAAUGCCCGCGUUACGCAAAACUUUCAGGUCUUGUCUUUUGACACAUCCGUGCCUCACAACGCGACCCUCACGGCCCUCGAGCUGGCCCGCUCUAUGGAGGAAGAACAACCACGGCUCCGUGCGCUCGAUGGACUCACAUUGGUAUCGCCGUCACCCUCCGAGGCUCAAAAUCUGAUUAUCGCUCCCCCGCACCCUUCUCUACAACUUACAUGGUCGCUCCCACCCAACAUGCAACUCUUUGAAGAACUAUCUAAAAGAGUAUCAAAUCUCGAAAAGGAAGAUAAGAUCAAGGCGGAGAAGAUCUCGAACCUCGAAAUCGAAGAUGGAGUCAAGGCCCGGCAGAUCUCGAGUCUUCAGGACCAUGUAGCUGAUAUUAAGCCGCUCGCGGACGCGAUCCACCUCAGGGGUCUGUUAGACGCGUGGCUUCGCGAGCAAGGGUUUGGUACAGGCAGCGGACCACGGAAAGCGUGGAUUCACAACAACAAAACACGGCUUUCCGUUGCCUCUGGAAUUCCAGAGGCUGACCUUGAGGACUUUCUGGAGCACCGUUUCUUGGGUGACACCUACGCUCACGUUGUCAAAUCGGACCGUAUGGCCCGUUCCAUCACACUCCCCCAAACAACAACGACCAAUUAUACUUCGCUUGGCUUUUCCACGCACUCAUCAAACACUCUGUUGACGACGAGUUGGAUGACGCUCAACGAUUGGAAAAUCACAACCUUAAAGUGA